CCCGAUCGAAAUAAACUGAUAGGUCACAGGUGCGACCGUGGACUUGUGUGUUCGAUCGAACAAGCCGGCCGCUAGUUGCUUCGUACAAAUAGCGGCGGCCGGUGGGUCGAUCUUGUCCGAGAUGGACUCCGGGAAAGAUCAAACUGAUGAGUUAUCGACGCUGAUAGAGGACAUCAUCUCGCUGGAGAGGGAGCGCAAAGACUUGCUUGGGUCCCUUACUCCCACGAUUUCUCGCUGGGAGGAUAUCCUCUCUGGAACAACAACAUGGAAGGGAUUCAUGGCCGACAACACAAUGCCCGUCCCUGUACACAAGAAGAAGACGGACUCGCCGCAGGUUAGAGACGACGAGAAACAACUCGUCGAUUCCAUCCUCCAAGACACGGAGGACCUGGGCCACCGGCUGCUAUCCAUGUCACAAUAUCUCUGGAUUUCCCAUGCCCGCGUCUCCUUGUACACGGCCGAUGAGCUGGUUUCCACAACAUCCAGAUUAAAGAAAAUCUCCAAGGAUUUCUACAAGGCUACCGAGGAGGCGGCAGAGGAGAAGAGGAAGGAAGAUAAGGAGGAGAGGGAUAGGAUGAGGAACAAGGAUGCAGCGAGGGAUCAGAUGAUGCUGACCAACGAAUUCUUGCGUCUCUCCUCCAGUGUCCUCGCUAGACCCAGCCUUUACAAGAAUGAGUUGGCGAUGAUGUUUACGGUGGAGGAUGAGGAGGAGUAUGAGAGGGUGAUGGAGGCGGAGAGGGAGUUGGAGAGGCAGAGGGAGAACUGCAAGCGGCGGAGAAGAAAGAAGCGGAGGCCGCGGAUUGUUUUGCAGAAGGACCUGCAGAUUGUGGAGGAGAAGCACAGUGUCAAGCAGGAAACCAAAUCCCCAACGGAGCAACUCAAAGAGUGGAUGGAUGAUGAGCUGGAAUUUUUCGCAGGCCACCGUAGCAUCUGGGAACGCUCUGAUGGCAGCAUGUCCGGACGGUGCGGCGGCUUCGAAGAUAAAACCACAUUGAGUCCUAUGCAGUUUACGCACUGCAUACCCGGUAUCAUCCCGCCCCGUGCCGCUGUCACUGGGAGCACAUUGCAGAUCUACUCCUUCAAAAUUGUUGAACUAAGUGAUGACCUCAAAUGGCCACUCAGGGUGUAUGGUGUGGUCGCUGCCCGAGACACCGUGGACCGCAACCGCAACCUUCUCUUCGCUCGGUCAAGGAUUAUGUGCCAAGUACUCACUCAAGAUGACUCUUAUCUGCGCUUGACUGGCCCUUCUCAUGCAAUUCUAGCUGUGGACUAUGUUGACUUUGAAGUCGAACUAAAAGUACGUGAUGGAGAUGAUGAGCUCAAUGAUACACAGUUGAUGUGUGCCAUCAACCGUUAUGAUGGCAACCGUUAUGAUGAAGCAGAUGACAACGGUGAGCACCGACCUUUACCGUUCGAUAGUCCCUUCUGUAGGGCAGAGUUGAGGUUUGAGAGGCUUCUUACAACGGUUCAAGCCACUAUUUUAUCCGUUCGUUUUAUUGGAGGGGAGUUUCCUUUCAAAUUCGGAGGCCAGGUUGCCUGUGUUAUUGAUGGCACACGUGAGAAGGUUGUUUUGUUUCAUUCCAUUGAAAAAAUUUCUAAAGAACAUGAAGUAGGUCUAGAUGGUUAUGUUCCUUUGUCAAGGAAUGUCGUUUCGGUAGAAAUUAGAGGAGGGUUGGAUGUUGUGGUAGAAGCCUACGGGCGUUCUGGCUCUACAUCUGGUCAUUUCUACUUCCCUUCCAAGUAUUGCAACACAAGUCAGGGUAGAUUUUUCGUCUGCGGUUCUGAGGUGGAGAUUACCGUUGCUUGGUCCCGGCUUGUGGGGGACAAGAUGGCGAUGUUGAUUGAGGGAUACACUACUCAGAUGUAGUGUGCUAUCUGCGAUCAGGAUGUGGUAUUUGUAUGUUGGCAAGUAGCAUGUAUCAGCUCCAUAUUAUGUUAUCCAA